AAGGGUUGCGGUGGUAGAAACCUGGCAAAAGAAGCAGAGAGGGCAGCUUAUUCGCAAACCUUUUUUGUUCCCAAGAUGCCAUUUUUGUCAUUUUUGGACAUAUUUUUGGUUUUGAGUGGGAGAGAAAAACCAAGCGCAUUCAUUACUCAAUAUUGUCGUUUUCGAUAAGGUUAAAGCUCCUUUAACCACUCCACCCACAAAGGGCCGUAACCCCUUUCCUCCACCGCUUUCUCUUGUCCCACUUCUUCAUUUCUUGUUUGUUUGUAUUACACGUGUAUAAAUACUGUUGAUUACGAUCCCAAAUUCUCAUCCAUUUGUUUUGUAUUCCAACAAUUUUUCAAAGACCAUUUCUAAAUUAGAAGCUAGUGAUGAAGCGUGCUAAUAUUGGGGACGAUCUUCCGUCGACUGUGGAAGAUCGGAAGAUGAAAAAGAUUAAAAUCGACGAAGAAGGAGGAGUGGGUAAUGGUGAAGGGAGUGGAUUCAUGAAUCUGGACAACAAUUUGUUGUUUGAGGUGUUUAAGCACGUUGAUGCGAAGACUCUGGCUAUGGCUGGUUGUGUGAGCAAGCAGUGGCACGACACGGCCCAGGAUGAACGCCUCUGGGAGCUGAUCUGCACCAGGCAGUGGGCCAACACCGGCUGCGGUAAUCAACAGCUGAGAUCCGUGGUUCUCGCCCUUGGGGGAUUUCGUCGCCUUCACUCGCUUUACAUCUGGCCUCUCUCUAAACCCCAAUCAUCCUCGUCUUCGUCUUCUUCGGCAAUCGCAUCGCCAUCGUCGGCAGCACCGCGGGCGUCGUCUUGGGGUCCGUUUCCGCCGAUGAUAAACUCCAAACCUCCAACGCGUUGGGGAAAAGAUGAGGUCAAUCUCUCUCUUUCACUUCUCUCAAUUCGUUUCUAUGAGAAGAUGAAUUAUUCUAACAGAGGCAGAUGAGACUUUUAAUUUUGUUAUAAUAUUUCUAAUCUCUACUAUUACCCUAAUCUCAUGUUUCGGACCUUGAGUUUUUAAUUUAAUGUCCUUUGAUUUUGUAUAAUUUGUUGUGGGAUUUAUCAAAUAGAUCUGUAAUUUUUCUUUUUAUGCUGCUUGUGUGUAUAAAUCGAAUCAAGACUAUAACUUUUCGUUUCCAAA